GGCCGCCCGCCCCCUGCGCCCGGCCCGGAGCCUGCGGGCGGCGGCGGCGGCGGCCCGGCCCCUGGUCCUUUCUCGGCAGCAGCCAUGAAGUCGCUGUGCCUCGUCACCGUGGGGGUCCUGGCCAUGACGCUGCUGAUCGCCAGCAUCUCGCUGCUGGUCGCGCACGUCUUCCAGACGGUGGUGGACCUGCAGGUGAAGCAGGGAACAGUAUUGAAAAAUGGCACGGAAACCUUUGAAGCCUGGGAGGAUCCUCCUCCACCAGUCUACAUGCAGUUCUACUUUUUUAAUGUGACAAAUCCCUUGGAAGUGCUUCAAGGCGAUACUCCUCUUGUAGAGGAAAUAGGGCCAUACACCUACCGAGAAUACAGGCCAAGAGUGCAUGUUCAGUUUUUGGACAACGGUACCAAAGUAUCUGCUCUGAAUCCAAAGACGUAUAUAUUUGAACCUCAGAAGUCAGUUGGAGACCCUGAAGUGGACCUGAUUAGAACAGUUAACAUUCCUGCAGUGACAGCGAUGGAGUGGACCAGGUCAACUCCUCUUCAGUUUGCCACAGAAGUGCUGCUGCUUCUGUACCAAGAAUCCCUGUUUACAGUUCACACAGUUCAUGAAUUACUGUGGGGCUACAAAGACAGGCUCCUGUCCACCAUUCAUCUUCUGCAUCCUGAGAUCGAUCCAGUAUUUGGUUUGUUUAAUAAGAUGAAUGGAACCGAUGAUGGAGAGUAUGUUUUCCUAAGCGGGGAAACAAACUACCUGAACUUCUCAAGGAUUGUGGAAUGGAAAGGAAAAGAGUCAUUGAGCUGGUGGACAACAAAGUCAUGUAACAUGAUCAAUGGAACAGAUGGGACGUCCUUUCACCCACUGAUUAGCAAAGACGAGAACAUUUACAUCUUUUCUUCUGAUUUCUGCAGAUCUUUUUACCUGGUGUACGACAGCUCAGGAACUGUUGCAGGCAUCCCAACCUACCGUUUUGUGCCCUCUGCAAUGGUAUUUGCCAACACAACAGUUAACCCAGACAAUGCUGGAUUCUGUGUGCCACCAGGAAACUGCCCGGGCACUGGUGUCCUCAAUGUCAGCAUCUGCAAGCAAGGUGCUCCAAUAUUUCUAUCAGCUCCACAUUUUUACCAAGCAGAUCAAAAGUUUAUAGAGGACAUAGAGGGCAUGCAUCCCAAAAAGGCUUAUCAUGAGACGUUUCUGGACAUCAAUCCUCUGACAGGGCUUGUCCUGCAAGCAGCCAAGCGGAUGCAAAUCAAUGUUCACGUCAGAAAAUUACCUGAAUUUUUUGAAACAGGCAACAUCCGAACGCUAAUUUUUCCAGUGAUGUAUAUAAACGAGAGUGUUCUGAUUGAUGAAGCAUCUGCCAGCAAACUCAAGCAUGUCCUGCUGGAAGCCAAUGUUGUAACUGCAAUCCCCUUCGUAAUCAUGGCUCUAGGAAUUGUUUUUGGGAUUGUUUUUAUUGUGCUCGUGUGCAGGUCCCGGGGAAUAAGUGAAGAGGGAAGGGAAGUUUUAAUAGACUCAGAAUAAAUGCACCAAAGCAAAGGAAUGGAGCUAAUAUAAGAAACGUGAGUACUGAAGAUGAAAGGUCCCCACUGAUCAGGACGUCUUAGUAGAUUUUCUUUAACAUGUGAGCUUGGAGAAUAAACUAUUAGAGCUGACCUAAUACCAACUACCACUGCCCAACGUUGUCUACUGUGGAGAAAUGGUCGUGUCAAGUAUAAUUUUUGUGGUAUAGAGACGGAAGGGAAUCUGCGCUGUCAUCAAGGGAGGAGACUUUUCUUACCAGCUAAGUUACAACUUUUAAAACUACAUUUUAAAACUGCUUGAGAUCCUGCUUUUUUCAACACUGCGCUCUCUUUGUACCUGCACUGACAGCCACAGACGAUCGUAACCACUAUAUCAGCAAAAAUAAAAUGGCCUGAUUCAUUACAGAAAUGACACGGGUAAAAUUUGCAAAUGGCCUUAAGAGUGUGGGCUGCGAAGUACCCUUCUGGAAGCACAGCAGGCUUUGGUAUCGCCCAGAAACAAAGAACAAUUUUGCUGUAGGCCUAGCGUUGUCUUUUCUGUAAAGUGUUGCGCACUAUUUACUACCAGUAUGCACUGACUGUUCAUCAUUAAUGUCAUUGGGCCUUUCACAAAAAUUAUUUGUACAACUAACUUGAAACACCAAGCGAAACUUUGUUAAGCAUCUGUAGUUACCAGGUAAAAACAAGCCGAUGAUCUGAAAUGCUUUUCCGUAUGGACCUCUUAACCGUUCUAACUCUGCACAGGAUCCCAUUGCAUGUUAGCAAUGCAUUUAUCCUUAAGGUUUGGGGUUUUUUUCUUCAACUUAUAAACCAAAAGACAACACAACGUUGUUCUUGAUGGUGGAGGGUACCAAAAUGGUGUUAUUUUCUUCUCUGGUAUUUGUGUCACAGUUAUCAGCUGUGUGGUUUAAUGUGAAUGCAGACUUGGCAGUUACUUUUACUGUUUAGGACAAAAGCACGCCUUCAUAUUAAGGUAUAUGUAGGGCCUUGAGAAGUCAUAACAUUUUUUUUACUUGUCAAGUGGAAACUUGUUUUAAAAAUCACAAAAGUAUUUUUCCCCAGUUAAAAUAAUAUUCUCAUUGAGAAGUAUUUCCAUUAGAUCUAGAUAGCGAAACAUAUUUUGAAAAUGUAUUAUUGUCUUCUAAAUAGAGGCAUUGGUUUUUGCA